AUGGAAGCAGUCAGUGCAGUUGCAAAUAUUGUUGCGCUCGUGGAGGUGACCGCGAAGAUUGCCAUUGAGUGUCUCACGUAUAUCAAUGCGGUCAGGGCUGCGUCUGCUGAUAAACUACUCCUCGAGAAGGAAAUCAAUUCCUUGCUCGACAUUCUCGAUGAUGCCAAGCAACUUCUGAAUGGUCCCAAUACCGCGAAGCUAUCUUCCUCGCAGAAACUACACAAUGCGGUUGUCGACUGCCACUCGCAGCUCUCAGAGCUGGAAGCCAGAGUCAAGCCGAAGAAGCCCCGCAAGAUCGCAGGUUUCAUCAAAUUUCGGUCGUCUUUAAAGUGGCCCUUCGAGAGCAAAGAGUUCGAAAAACGUCUCCAGAACAUGGAGCGAUGUAGGAAUACUAUACUUUUAGCAUUGCAGAUUGAUCAAACAGUUGCUAUUCUCAGCAUAGUAGAGAAUCAAGAUAACGCAACACUCUCAACAGUUCUAUCGCACCUACCCUCUGCUGAGGGGGCAUCUUUCGAUUCUCAUGCCAACGAGGGUGACCCAAAAUGCCACCCUGAUACCCGAACGGAUAUCCUUCAGCAGAUUUUUAACUGGGCAACGGAUCAACAGUCCCAGGCCAUCUUCUGGCUAAAUGGGAUGGCUGGUACCGGAAAAUCUACUAUUUCACGAACUGUGGCUCAAACCCUUUCUGGCAUGGGCUUUCUAGGUGCCAGCUUCUUUUUCAGAAGGGGCGAAGGCGACCGUGGCCAUGCAGCGAAAUUUUUCACUACCAUUAUCGCCCAGAUGGUGUCCAAAUUGCCGGUGUUGUUAGAACAUGUGAAAAAGGCUAUUGAAGCAGAUCCUGACUUGGUCAAGAAGGCUCUUACCGAGCAAUUUGAGAAAUUUAUUUUGGAGCCUUUGCUUGAGUUGACGGGACGGUUUCCAAAGGCACCACAUCUCGUUAUUGUGAUUGAUGCUUUAGAUGAAUGCGAACGCGAGCAAGAUAUAAUAGCCAUCCUUCACCAUUUGGCCAGGACGAAAACUAUUCAGUCGAUAAACUUGCGGAUCUUCGACGAUCAUAACCAAUCGCUCAGCACGUCCGACUCCUUUCUACCUCCAGAUUGGCCUGGACAACGUCGCCUCAACAUCCUCGUGGACAUGGCGCUACCGCUCUUCAUUUUUGCGGCCACUACGUGUCGAUUUGUUGGCGAUCCCAGAUUCCACCCAGAAAAGCGCCUAGGGUUGGUACUAAAAUACCGAACAGCCGCGCAGACAUCCAAAUUCGACAAAACUUAUCUUCCAGUGCUGGACCAGUUACUCACUGGUCUCGAUGAAGACGAGAAAGAGGUUAUGCUUGCUGAGUUCGAAGAAGUUGUUGGCUCAAUUAUAAUUCUCACAGAGCCUCUGUCCACAAAUUCACUGGAAAAUCUCCUCGGGCUUGAAAAACCGGAGGUCGACCGAAGACUGAAAAUGCUUCACUCGGUCCUGAAUGUUCCAAAUAACCAAGAUUCCCCCGUCCGGUUGUCACAUCUUUCAUUCCGCGAUUUCCUUAUCGACACAAAAAAGCGCGGCAAAUCCCCGUUCUUUCUCGACGAAAUGAACCAACACAAGCGCGUAGCUUCUAGAUGCCUUGACUUAUUAUCUCGGCCUGGGGUUCUGAAAACGAACAUUUGCGAUAUAAAAGUACCUGGCACGUUUAGAGUGGAUAUUGACAGGAAGACGAUAGAUAUGUGCCUCCCGAAUGAAGUAAAGUAUGCCUGCCGUCAUUGGGUAUAUCAUUUGGAGCAGAGUGGCGAUCAUAUCCGCGAUGAGGACCGAGUCGAUAAGUUCCUUCAGGAGCGUUUCAUUCACUGGCUUGAAGGCCUCAUUUCAGAGGCGAUCCCAAUGAUCAAAACGCUGCUAAAUUUAACUGCGCCCGGUGAGAGCAACGCUCUAGCACUAUUCCUCAAUGACGCAAGACGUUUCGUUCUGAGAAACAGGCAGAUUAUACAUACUGCACCUCUUCAGGUUUAUUCGUCAGCUUUGGCUUUCGCUCCAGAGAGCAGCGUUGUCAAAAAGCAGUUUAAAGAUCAUGUCCCGUCGUGGAUCCGCCGUGUGUCGGGUCUCCUCACUGACUGGGGGGAUACCCUGCAGACGCUUGAUAGCAACACUGGAUAUAUUGCAAAGAUUCUCUUCUCGAGCGAUAAUAAGUUGCUUGCCGCUGAAACAAACGAGGCAGUCAUACUUUGGGACGCUGAAACCGGAGAACAGAGGCAAAAAUUCCAACAUCCUCCCAGCAGCUACGACUUUGCGUUUGCUUGGAAUAGUGAUCUCCUCGCCAUUGCGGCCCGUUCUUCGAUACAGAUAAUUAAACCGUCUACAGGAAUGGUACUCCGGGAGCUACCUGCUCAAUCCGAAGAACGUUUCGUAACUGUUCUAUUCUCACCGAACGAUAAGGUUCUAGCGUCGGCAUCUCCCCAUAUCAUACGGCUGUGGGACCCCGAUUUAGGAGAGCUUCUACAGACGAUUGAGACAGGCGACCCUCCUUGGCAUAACCAUCUUUGUUUCUCCGGGGAUGGUAGUUAUCUAGCCUUUACACUAAGAGAACGAGAAAUCAAAGUGUGGGACGUACGUGAGAAACGCCUAUUGCGCACAUUUACCGGACAUAAGCACCGGGUGCGCAAUUUCUCAUUUUCACACAGCGGGGAUAUUGUCUCAAUGUCAGAAGAUGUGAUAAAAAUCUGGAAUCCGUCAACCGAGGAAGCAUUGCACUCCUUUGAAGACCACGGGGGCUUGGCUACUGUGACCGCAUUUUCCGCCAACCAUCUAGGAUCUGGCAGUAUCAGUCACGUCCUCACAGGCCAUAAAGGUAUAGUAGCAAGCAUUGCGCUUUCGGGAGAUACUAAACUUCUUGGAUCUGCGUCGAUGGAUUAUACUGUUAGACUCUGGGAUUUGAACAUAACUAAGUCGUCUGGUGACACGGAUCCUUUUCCCAUACUGUCCAUUGCUCUCUCCAAAGAUGUUAAGCUCUUGGCCGCCUCACAGUAUGAUGGAGGAGUUGCGAUAUGCGAUAACCUUGUUAAUCUCAAAUUAUUCAUCAACGGAAACUGGUUUAGCCACCUGGUCUUCUCAGAAGAUAAUAGGUUCUUGACUACCUUUUCUCAAACUGAUAAGGCUGUCACCCUAACCGAUCUGUCCAAUGGCGAAAAUGAGCUGCUGCUUGAUCUAAGUCACAUUGAGGCCCGUUAUCCUCGCGCUAUGCCCUGUAUCUUCUCGGAGGAUGGAAAAGCAUUUGCUCUGUCUGACUAUGACGACAGGAUAUGCCUUUGCAAUCUGGAGAAGAAAACCACCCAGUUCUUGCACAAACCUGGAACUGGGACCCCAUGUAAAUUUUCAGAUGACGGAUCUUUGCUCGCUUCCUCAACCCGCCGCUCGGGUUCCCCUUGCGACAUAAUCGCUCUGCAUGAUGUCUCCACAGGAAAGCAUCUCCGAGACAUUGAAACCCGAUGCUUAAUCAGAAAUGGAGCUAUUGCGUUCUCGAAAGAUAACAAAUUGCUGGUCAUAAAGGAUUCUCAUAUGGUGGAAUUGCUGGAUAUAGCAACAGGGGCAGAAGUGGGAAAGGUUGAAACCGACACUGGAUUCUGGGAAAUUGGAGGCUCUCCUGAUGAUUUUUCAAGCGUUGAAGUUAAAUCCGGAUUGCUAAACAUUCCAAAUAUCACAACCGUCACGCAACCAGCAUCGGAACGACAGCCCGUGUUGAAGCUCUAUUUUCAAGACGAAUGGGUGAUACGCAACGGCGAAAAGUUUCUCUGGGUUCCGCCGGAAUACUGCCCAGACAGCCCGGCUCGUAUGGUCUGUCGGAAUAACACUUUUCUGUGGGGGAACCAUCUUGGGGUAGCCACUCUUGUUGAAAUUGAGUGUCCGUGA